GCUGCAAUAAAUACAAUUAAUAAUAGGCUUCCAGUUUGCCAAAUUUUUAUAAAAAGCAAUACUUUACUUUAACUUGUAAAUUAUGAGCUUGAAUACAAGUAAUCCACUGCUAGCUGUGAUGAAGUGUGAGAUGUGCCCGAAUAAGGUUACAAACUUUGCAGUCGGCCUCUGUGAGCGCUGCGUUAGCAUCUGGACGAGCAAGCGCAGUCUGGAAAAUAUACAGAUUACCGUGGGCCAUGUCAAGUCAGCCAUCGUAAGCAUGCAUCAGAGAAAAUCUUACGAGCAUAUGUCUGCGCCAUUCCGGCAAGCCAUAGAAGCAGAACAGCGCAAGCGUAGACUUAAGGUUGAGCUCUUUACAAAGUUUCGCGAAAAGUUUCAAGAUGGCGUACUCAAUACGGAAGAGAAUUGUGUUCAUGCAAAGUUUGUGGCGGAUGACAACUAUUUUGAUGCAAUAGAUGUUGAUAUGAGUUUACUAGGUGUCGAUUUUAGUGCAAUUUAAUAAAGUCAGUCCGAGUUGCGAUUGCAAUUUUAAUUGA